CAAAAUCUCUCUAUCUCUCUCACUUCAACUUCCUCACGACGGCGACAAUGGCGACGUUCACUCAUCAAACUCCACAAACCCAUUUCCUCUCUCGCCUUCCUCUCAGAGCUAAACCCAGACACUUCUCCACAAGAGUCAAAAUGUCUCUCCAAGAAUCUGCUCCUUCACUCGCCGUCGUUGGCGUUACCGGAGCCGUGGGACAAGAAUUCCUCUCCGUGUUAUCCGAUCGAGACUUCCCUUAUAGCUCCGUCAAGAUGCUUGCAUCGAAACGCUCCGCAGGGAAACGUGUUGCCUUCGAUGGCCGUGAAUACACGGUGGAGGAGCUCACGGCGGAGAGCUUCGACGGUGUAGACAUUGCUUUGUUCAGUGCUGGUGGAUCCAUAAGCAAGGAGUUUGGUCCUCUCGCGGCGGAGAAAGGAACCAUUGUUGUUGACAAUAGCUCGGCUUUUAGAAUGGUUGAUGGAGUUCCGCUUGUGAUUCCUGAAGUGAAUCCAGAAGCAAUGAAAGGGAUUAAAGUUGGAAUGGGCAAAGGAGCUUUGAUUGCAAACCCUAAUUGCUCAACCAUUAUCUGUUUGAUGGCUGUUACUCCUCUUCAUCAUCACGCAAAGGUGAAGAGAAUGGUGGUAAGUACAUAUCAAGCAGCUAGUGGUGCUGGUGCUGCAGCUAUGGAAGAGCUUAUUCAGCAGACUCGUGAGGUUUUAGAGGGUAAACCUCCGACUUGUAACAUCUUCGGGCAGCAGUAUGCAUUUAACUUAUUUUCGCAUAAUGCCCCUAUUCUUGACAAUGGUUACAAUGAAGAGGAAAUGAAACUUGUGAAGGAGACUAGGAAGAUCUGGAAUGACACAGAAGUGAAAGUAACAGCUACGUGUAUACGUGUUCCAGUUAUGCGUGCUCAUGCAGAGAGUGUGAAUCUUCAGUUUGAGAAUCCUCUUGAUGAGAACACAGCAAGGGAGAUCCUGAAGAAAGCACCUGGAGUUUAUAUAAUAGACGACCGUGCUUCAAAUACUUUCCCUACUCCACUAGAUGUCUCUAACAAAGACGAUGUAGCGGUUGGUAGGAUAAGGCGAGACGUGUCUCAAGAUGGCAAUUUCGGGCUGGACAUAUUCGUUUGCGGAGACCAAAUACGGAAAGGAGCUGCUCUGAAUGCUGUUCAGAUUGCAGAGAUGCUUCUCUGAAUUUGAACCCCCCCCCCCCCUCUCACUUUGCUUCUUAUGAAAUUCUUGACAAAGAGAGAUCACUGUAUUAUCAGAUUUGAGACAAGAAUUUGUCUCAUUUUUCUAUUUGACCAAUUUUGUUACUUUCUUCAUUGACUCAUCCCGACGCUUGAACCUCUUGGCAAUUUGCCGGUUCGAAUCUGUACCGACUUGGUUUAAUGGAAGAAGCUUUAUAAUAAUAGGAAUGGUCACAG